UGGUGGGCAAUGUUCAGUCCCCGCUCAGUGUGGCAACCCAGCGCAUUGUAUUUAUUCUUGGUGCGUUGUGGCACAGGACUGCAAGCAUGGCCGACGACGACCAAGAGGACCAGAAGGAAUACCGCUGGGAAACGGGCUACGAAAAGACAUGGGAAGCAAUAAAGGAUGACGACGACGGCUUGCUGGAUGGGGCCAUCGCGGAGAUCAUCCAGAAGGCCAAGCGCCAGCGGCAGGCGCAAAAGACCAAGCAGAACCGCCUGGGAAUGAUGCGCCACCUGUUUCUCGUGCUGGACUGCUCCGAAUCCAUGAGCGUUCCGGAUCUGAAGCCCACGAGACUGCGCUGCACCGUCAAGUUGCUGGAGCUGUUCAUUGAGGAGUUCUUCGACCAGAACCCUAUCAGCCAGUUGGGCAUCAUAGCGCUAAAGGCGAAGCGGGCUGAGAAGGUGACCGAGCUCACCGGUACCUCGCGCGUCCACCUCAAGGCGCUAGAAAGCCUGGCCAACGUGUCUCUGACCAGCGAGCCCUCGCUGCAGAACGGCCUGGAUCUAGCCCUGAAAACACUGAAGGUGGUGCCCACGCACGCCUCUCGCGAGAUCGUCAUAAUAAUGGGCUCGCUCACCACCUGCGAUCCUGUCGACAUUAACAUCACCAUAGACGAGCUGAAAAAGGAAGGCAUAAGGUGUUCGGUCAUUUCCCUGUCGGCGGAAAUUCACGUGGCUCGCUACCUUACUCAGCAGACUAUGGGCACCUUCGGGGCUGUUCUGGAUGACGCCCAUUUCCGGGACCAGCUGAUGUCCCAGGUGGAUCCGCCGCCAGCCGCCAAGACGCAGCACAACUCCCUCAUUCGCAUGGGCUUCCCGCACACCAAGAGCGAAGUGGAGGGCAAGGACGCGCCGCUUUCCAUGUGCAUGUGUCACAUAGAGAACCUUGAGGAGCCCAGUGAACUGUGCACCACUGGUCACCACUGUCCACAGUGCAACAGCAAGUACUGCGAGCUGCCCGUGGAGUGCCAGUCCUGCGGCCUGACUCUGGUAUCGGCGCCGCACCUUGCCCGAUCAUACCACCACCUGUUUCCGGUUCCCAACUUCGAGGAACUGCCAUUCGAUGCGAUGCCGGCUUCCUCCACCGACCUCGGCGGCGGUGUCAAGGAGUGCUACGCCUGCGCUAAAGCCCUUGGGCAGGUCGCCGACAAGGUUGUCUUCAGGUGCGGGUUCUGCAAGCAGUUCUUCUGCGUCGACUGCGACAUCUUCAUCCACGAGACCUUACACGCCUGUGUCGGAUGCAACACCAUUCCGGGCGUGGAUGGCCUGGUCUACCAGCAGAGUGCCAAGUCCGACCAGGAGGAUGCACACCCGGGAACCUCCAAGCAACGCGGCCAGUUUGGCAUGUAACUGACUUUCCGUAGAUAGAUUUUACAAACUCUAACUACGCACUCAGGGCAAAAACCAAUACAGUUCAAUUCGUACCGGU